AUGUGCUGUCCGGAAGAAACCAUCAAUCCAACAAAUACAUGCAUGGCCACUAUCUGCCUAGUACUUAACAUCUUUAUUCCAGGCAGUGGCACUAUUAUCAACGCUUGCUUUGGUUAAAAAUGCGCAGCAGGAUUCAUCUACGGUAUCUGUUAAUUCUUCUUGACUAUUCUUCUCAUUGGAUGGAUUUGGUCCAUUAUUUACGGUAUUAAAAUUCUUCAAAAGUCAGGAAAAUGA